UAAUGUGAAAUCUCAGUCAUAAAUUAGGUGAGUAGAGCACAGCAAUCUCAUCACCUCAAAGCAGCAUUACCACAUUGAUACACUCUACAACAAUGGCAGCUACAAAACUCAUUUUAGCUCUUCUCCUCUUCCUUCUAGUUUGUAGCUCCAGUAUUGCCAGCAGCAAAAACAGCAGAAGACCCAAGCCAUGUAGAAGGCUAGUGCUCUACUUCCAUGACAUUAUAUACAAUGGAAAGAACGCAAAGAAUGCAACAUCAGCAAUAGUGGGUUCACCAGCUUGGGGUAACAAGACCAAUUUGGCUAUACCAAAUCGUUUUGGAGACGUGGUUAUUUUUGAUGACCCCAUUACUCUAGACAGCGAUCUUCGCUCCACCCCCAUCGGACGAGCACAAGGGCUUUACUUGUAUGACAAGAAAGAAAUUUUAACUGCUUGGUUUGGUUUCUCUUUUGUUUUCAACUCAACACAGCUUAAGGGUACUAUAAACUUUGCUGGGGCGGAUGAUAUAAUGAAGACUACUAGAGAUCUUUCUGUUGUCGGCGGUACCGGUGAUUUCUUCAUGACUCGAGGGAUAGCGACAUUGAUGACCGAUGCAUACGAGGAUGAUCGGUACUUCCGGCUUCGUGUUGAUGUUCAAUUAUACGAAUGCUUUUAGCGAAGGACUCUGUCGGUGGUUUUAAUUUGGUUUUGUUGUGCUUUGCUUUGUGUGAUGCAAUUUUAAUUUGUGAUGGGUGUGCUUUUUUCAGCUAAGGUAAAAGAAGUGUUAAUUGAGCCAUGGCACGAUUGACAAUUUUAUGGUUGUAUUUGUAUGUUUCUUUUCUUAAUGUAAUUGCAUGAUUAGUGUGUUUAUUAUUAUGAAUAUAUUAUUAAAUAGAUAUUCAUCUCCCUA